AUGGUUUACGACAUGGUAUGUUUUGAGGAGCGUGCGUGCCUCGGGAAGCGUGCAUGCACUCCCCGGGAGUCCUAUAUAAGGAUCCAAAGGCUUCGACGAAGGUAUUUGCCAGAAUCAUAUAUUAGGAAUGCUGAAGUCUCCUCUGAGACUGUGAGGACCAUUGUUGAAAGAAGUUUCAUGAAUAAUGAUAGUGGAAGCCCCCAAAUGGUUCAAGAUUACUUGCGACUUUUCCAAAUGCAUGACAAGGGAGAUAAUUGCAAUAGUGGCUUUCGAGUGAACCAAUUGCGAAAUGUUGAUGGAAACAAAGAACAGUUUGUUCAUGAACUUCCUACCUCUCAGCGUUGUCUCAAGUCUAUUUAUAAUAUGCUGGAAGCGUUGGAUGAAAUGCCCUUUCAGGAUCUCACUGCAACAAACAGAAAACUUAGAGGUGAAUCACUUGAACCUCAAUUUACACCUGUCCAUUGCAAGGGAAACAGAGAUUUGCUUGUUAGGCGGUUAAAGAAAAAGUUCUUUAAGUUUCUAUCAAAACUUAGCGAUGGGGAUACAUUGCCAGAUAAUUUAUUCAGAGCGUUGUCUGUGAUUUAUUUAUCUUUUAAGCAUAGAUCCAGACAUAUUGAUAUGCUCAGAUCAGAGUUUUACCCUUUCUCACCAGAAACUGCAGCUUUGCAUAACAAUAUUGUGAAUGCCCUAAGGUUGAUUCCAAAAUUUAAAACUGAUGAACUGAGACAUAUAAAACGCUUACUGCUUCCAGAGUCUAAAUUUUCUCUAAAAUGGUUUAAGGCUUCACUAAAGAAUUACCUGACAGAAUGCUUGUUUGAAUGCGAUGAUCCAAGUAUCACACAAGAAAUGUUAAGGGUUCUUCAUCCGAUAAACCAAAUGUUGCAAAGUCGGACGUUUCUGUUUUCUACAAAGACAAUUGAAGAGGAGGUUGAAGAUGUAAUGACUUUAAGUUGUCACCUUAAAAGAAUUAUAUCUUGUCCAUUUUCAGACCUAAGUGAUGAUGGAAAUCUUUUGGAGGUGUUUGGAAAUAAUGAAAAUGCUGAUGCUUUUAGUUUGGCUGGAAGUGGACAUUUCCUCACUGUUGCUGAAAGCGAAUAUGGGCAGGAAUAUGGAUCCUCUAACUAUGAAGCAGGAGUUAGCAGGCAAAUCACCAGAAGUUCAAGCCUUUCCUUGCUUUCUGAGGAGGCAAAUGAAAUAAAUGGGAGUAACUCAGAGAAACCUGUAUUUGAGCCUGAUGGUGAUGUAGGCUCGGAGAAACCUAGAGUUGAGGAGGAAGCAAACUUUAGUCCUGAUAGGACCAGUCAAGCCACGGGGAGCAUGGGAGUAAAAUCUGCUGAAAAAGUCUCUGAUGAGACAGCAUUGGUUGCUUAUAAACUGAUUGGCUGUGUGCUAGAUAGAUUACUAAAAUCAGAAGGUGUUGAUGCAGAUUUGUUAACAAGAUCUUACUUGAAUGGUGGAUUAUCAGCUAGUGGAGAUUCUCUAGGUAUGAAUUUGUGA